AUGUCUUCCAGAGCCUUACGAAAACUCCAGCGUGAGCAAGAACUCCAGCGACAAAUCGAAGCGGCCAAAAGGGCAUACGAAGAGGCCGAGGAGUCGGAGGAAGAGGAUGAUCUGCUAACCAGCUCCAAUCGUCCAGUCAAUGCAUUCGACAUGCUAGAAGAUGCUGAGAAUAACGAGGACGAGCCAGAAGAAGAUUUGCCCGCCUCACAACCCGCAGUGCCCGCAGAAACUACACCUCCCCCAUCGUCCUCAAAGUCUAAAAAGAAGAAGAAGAAAGGCAAAGGGAAGAGCAAGCCGAAGACCAAGAACAUUGAAUCCACCAUACAGCAAGACGAAUCAGGAGAUGAAGUCGAUCGAGCUCUCAAGGAGUUGGCAAUCAAGGAGGCCCGGGCGACUACCGCCACUGAAGAUGAAACCCCAACCUGGGAGGCCCGGGCGACUAAGUUACUCGCGAUAGACGAAAAGAAUCUCAACCCUGUGAAUGAAAUGAAAAGUCUUUUUGGGAGCAUUGCUCUAGAGACACAAGAGUCUAGAGCCAAUUCACGCCAGCAGCGGCGCCGCGAUCAGAAUCUCCAAGGCGGAGUUGACUUGGCAACUGCGCUUACAGGCCGAUAUUGUGUUGGAAGCAGAGGUAAAGAGUUGGGCGCACUUGCUCACCGAAGGAAUAUUUUCGUGCAAGGCAGAGAAGAAUGGCCAUUGGCCACAAGUGGUGGAUUGAGCAUGGAGUACGUCAACGACUCGAGGCACGAUCUGAAAACGACCUCGUUCGAGAAAACCUACAACAUCAUGCACAAUACACUCUACCAGGAAACUCAAUUACAGUUUCGCAUGGCGGUUGAAUCUAUGGAUCCGCAACGGAUGAUAGGUCUGCUGUCGAUGUAUCCCUAUCACAUCGCUACUCUACUCCAGGUAUCGGAAAUCGCCAAACACCAAGGUGAUCACGCUGUCUCCGGGGACCUGUUGGAGCGGGCCUUAUUCUCUUUCGGCAAGUCGGUACACAGCUCUUUUCCAGCCUCGCUAAGAACAGGUGUCGCACGGAUACCGUUCGAUAAGCCGGCCAACCGAGAACUCUACUUGGCAAUAUGGCGGUACGUUAAGAACCUUGAGAUGAGAGGCACAUGGCGGACGGCGUUUGAGUGGAGUAAGAUUCUUCUUCAACUGAACCCCAUUACCGACCCGUACGGAGUUACCCUUAUGAUCGAUCAACUCGCACUGAGAGGUCGCCAGCAUGACCAGCUGAUAGAGAUUUGUUCGGACGACGCUUAUGGUCAGGCAUGGGAUUUCCUUGCUAAUAUUCAGAUCUCUUUGUCUCUGGCAUAUCUCCGAUCAGGAAAGCCCCAAGAUGCAAGAAGACAAUUGGCCGUCGCUAUGCACAAGUACCCUUAUAUCCUGUCUGCAUUAGCAACUGCGCUGGACGUCUCACCUCUGCCAAAAUCCUUGUGGGCAAAACUACCAUCCACUGAUGCUGAGAAACUGCACACGCAGCUCUACGUGACACGUGCCAAAGACCUCUGGAACACUCCAGAGACCAUAAGUCUGCUUGUUGAAGUGGCAGAGACGUUGUCGCAUUACAGCGAUGCCAUAUCUGCGGCAGCGCCUGCUCCAAAGCUAGAGAUCUCAUUAGAGGAAGCUCGCCACAUCAUGUUGCUCGAAAUACCCUCACUCAUCUCCCUCUUACCACGAUCCUUCACCUCCAGGCCUACCUCUUCCUACGAUGUCUUACCUCCCCCAACAUCCGACGCAGAUGGCUUCGUCGUACGUGCUCCAGCCGGUGCACAAGGUGCUGAAGGCCCAUUGCAGGCCAUCUUCAAUGCCGCUGGUGCCACUGCUGGCGCCACAGGAGGCCUCCUUACACGAUUAAUGCAAUGGUUUCAGACUCCCGCAGGUCCUAACGACGUAAACGGUGAGUCCGAUGGUCAGGCUGCUUUGCAGGAAUUCCAACAACUACUUGGCGAGGACCUAUCGCCGGAGCUCGUGCAGCAAGUCUUACAGCUUGAACUCGACGGCCACAACGGUCCUUCCAAUGAGCCUGUGACGGCUGCUGGUCUCGGUAUGGUCGGGGGAUGGGAUUACUACCAAGAUGCUGAUCAGGAGAACUCUGAGGUCAACGAAGAGGACGAGGAUAGCAUGCCUGAGUUGGAACCCUUGUCAGACGACAACGAGCCAUCUCAGCCUGCGUCGGUGUUUCGUAAUCCGCGGGCUGCUAUGGUCGAGGAAGAUGAUGAUGAGAACGAAGAUCGACCUUCGCAUUCAAGUCACCAGCCAACCGGGGGCGCUGUGCUGCGGCACGUAGACUCGGACUCAGAAAGCGAAGACAUCACGUCUCGUUCUGCAAGGGUCCAACCGGCUCCGACACCGCCUACGGCAUCGGCAGGUGCAGGUUCAAGCAGUGGUCCCUCGGGUGCGACAUCUGAUGAAUCCACCUUCGCCGACCCGCAGCGUCUACAGCGUUGGCUGAUCACCUCUGGUCUAAGUGAUCUCCAAUCGAAGCCGGAAACACUAAGCUUGUAUGUGUCUAGGCUGAAAACGCUCCCUCGCAAAGCACAGCAAGACUGGGUGGUUAGUAUGGUCAGACAACGAGCCGGAGCAGACGUGGAGGAAAGAGUGAAGUCUGCUCUCCGUUGA